UAAGUUUGAUAUGUUUGGUUUCUUGGACAGCUGGUAGAUUUAUGCUAUUUAUCCAUAAUUUAGAGGGGAAGGUUUGCAGAGCUAAAUGUACUUUUAAACUUACACCAUGUUUCUUCUCUUGGGGAGUUGGCGCCAACCGACCAAUUAGUUGCUUCAGAUUUAUAUAUUGGUGCAAGGGGGCACAAGAUAUAUGGCUUCUGAACUUUCCCCAGUUUUCAAAAUGUUUGCCUACCACACAUUCGGAUGAAAAGCCAAAUUACCCUGAUAUAUAUAUAAAAAUACAUGAACCAAGUCCGGGUGGUUCUUUUUUCAGUAGCUAUUUAAAUCAGCAGUCUGUCAUUGCUGAUCCGAAGACUGGCGCACGCCAGAGUAGCAUGGUUUUGACCGAUAAUGAAUAUUCAGAAGUCAAAACAAUGAUGGAUUUAUUCCAUAGAGGGUUAUCUUUAUCCCGUACAAGAAAGUGUUUAGGUAGCAGAUAUACUACUAAUGAGCCAUAUUCAUGGAUUACUUAUCAAGAAGUUGAUGAAAAAAUUCAGGCUUUUGGAUCAGCGCUCGUUGAAAUCAUGACUAGGUAUCCAGAAUCAGAACGGUUUGUAGGUGUUUAUGGCCGAAAUUCACCACAGUGGUUUAUUACACAAUAUGCCUGUUUUUGUUACUCGUAUACUGUUGUCCCUCUGUAUGCUACUUUGGGUGAUCCAGCUAUGCAACAUAUUCUUCAACAAACUGGGCUCGUCAUAUUAAUGUGCCAUUCAGCAGAUUUAGCCAUCAAAAUCCUAGAGAAGUUUAAUUCAUCAUUAAAAGUCAUUGUCAUUGCAGUCCAGGAUCAAAGUUUUGAAGAUCUAAAAACCCAGUAUAGUUCUUCGAUGAAAAUUUAUUCAUUUGAUGAAUUCUUGGAUCUGGGAAGAAGUGAUCUGAAACCGAAAAUUCCUCCAACUGAGAAAGAUCUAUGCCUCAUUUGUUACACCAGUGGCAGUACAGGCUUAGCCAAGGGUGUCAUGAUUAGUCAUGAAAAUUUGGUAGAUACAAUCUGCUCUACAAUGGAGUCUACGGAAGCAAAGUUGUAUUGUCGGAAUUCUGUUCACAUUUCAUAUCUACCUUUUGCUCAUAUAAUGGAGCAAGUUACUUCGUCUGCUGCUGUAUUUUGUGGAGCACAAAUCGGAUUCCUUACUGGAGCAAUUACUGGCUUGUUAGAUGAUGCUGAGGCUCUAAAACCUACUGUACUUCCGGCGGUUCCACGUGUCUUAUCACGUAUAUAUGAAAAAUACCAGAAUGCACUUGGUAAUUCAUUUAUAAAAAGGUAUCUGUAUGAAUAUACUCUUAAAAGAAAUCUGAAGAUUUUAAAUAGUGGGAAAAUUAAUCGUCAUGAUAUUCUUGAUACAUUUUUUUUCAAGAAGCUCCGUCAGGCUCUUGGUGGAAGAGUAUGUAUGAUAGUUACAGGGGGUGCACCACUUUCAUCAGAGCUGUUCAACUUCUUUCGAGCUGCUUUCAAUGGUCUUAUUGUCGUAGGUUACGGAUCAACUGAAGUUUCUGGUGUAGCUAGUGCAACUGUUCUAGGGGAAUCUCAUGAAGGUACUGUUGGUGCUAUCACUUCUAGGAUCGAAGUCAAACUUGUUGAUGUCCCAGAUAUGGAUAUUGUAGCUCUCAGAGAUAACAGAGGCGAGAUAUGUAUUAAGGGGAAGCGGUGUACCAAAGGUUAUUUCAAAGACCCUGAAAGUACAGCCCAAAUUAUUGAUGUUGAUGGUUGGUUACAUACUGGUGACAUUGGAGAAUGGACUACUGUGACAGUUUAACUAUGAUGCGAAAAUUUCCGAAGCUAUUUUUCUACGAUUUUCUUUAUAUCUAUUGAUUGGAUGUUUGAUAAGUACUUUGGUUUUAUUUUCGUAUUACCCUAGUUCCAAGCUUUUGUUCGAACUGUAAAUUGUUGAUAUACCAUUUUCCAUUCAUAAACUAGAACCGAUUAUUUGUGCACCCAGUACUCCGUUUUUCCCAUCAUUAAUGUUGUUGUUCCAUGUUAAUACCGUUACUCAGCUGGUCCACUGCGUGGUUUGAUCUUGUAUGUAUAUAAAUAAAUGUCUGAAAUAUAAUAAUGAUCUUGGACGAGUGAUGAUUGGUCUUGUGUUCUUCCUCUUCGUUCGAAGCUAGUUAGUAUUGAGCCAACCGUCAAGUAUAGAGUACCAGUCUUCCUCCUGUUGGCUACGUUUUGUUUGAUUAUGGUUUUCUAUGUUUAUUGGUGGGUGGUAAGACAUAGCAGUUUUCGUUUCAUUUCUUCUUAGACUUGCUACUUCUUUUUCACUUAUGUGUUCUACGUAAAAUCAUACAACUUACCCACUCAUAAAACUUAAAUACAUAAAUUAUAAGAGUUCUUUGUCAUCUUGUAUAACUGUGAUUGAUGAUAUCUAGGUGGCCGAAAUUGUAUUUCAUUCUCUCAGACAACUGCAAUCAACUUAACCUACUAUGUAUUAAGUUUAGUCUAGAAGAAAUUAGUGAUUUUUAGGACCAAGUUUCUUUUUUUCAACAGUAAAGUAUUAUGACCUCAGCAUUUUGCUCUUUUCUUUAACACUUCAAAGGAGGGAGCUUUGAAAAUCGUUGAUCGUGUUAAAAGUAUCUUCAAGUUGGCACAGGGAGAAUAUGUAGCUCCAGAAAAAUUAGAACUGGUUUAUCAGGGCUGUCAACUUAUAGAUCAAAUAUUUGUUGAUGGAAAACCGGAACAAAAUUUCCCUGUCGCUGUUGUCACUCCGAAUUUCGUAAACUUACGUUCAUGUAUUAACUCUUACCUAAAAUCUGGUUGCAAUGUAGAUGAUGGGAAAAUAUUCGAUAUGAGACCAUCAGAUACUUUUCGAUUAUCUGACAACGAUAUUUGCAAAAGCAUAGAAAUUCGACGAUUUGUUUUGCGAAAAAUGAAUGAAGUCGCAACAGAAAAGGGACUAAAAGGCUUUGAAAUGGUAAAAUCUAUCUACCUAAAUGAUAAUCCAUUUACUGUUGAAAAUGGAUUGUUAACUCCGACUAUGAAAAUAUCACGUCAAAAUGCCCGUCGACACUUUCAAUCUAUCGUUGAAUCAUUAUAUUUGGAAACAUGUUCUGAAGGCCAAUGCAUAAGUAACAAUUGUAAUUAGUAGCUCAAUCUAUCCCACUGCCAUUGUUUACUAUCUUUAGCCAAAAAAUCACAUCACAUACGGCAAUCAUCCUGUUCGUACAUAAAAAAAUACAGGGGCAGCACCCUGUCGUUAUUUCUUUUUUCUACUACAAUUAUAUUGUUUAUUGACUUUUUUAAUUCGUGCGAAGCAAUCCAUAUUAUAUAUAUUUCUCUUUUAUUCAGUGUAUCCUGGGUGAAAAUUUAUCGUGAAACUCAUUCCUAUUUAUUUAUUUAAAAUAAUUUAUAUUUCAUUAAUUAAAACAGUAAAUUACAAAAAUGCAACCACGCAAGAUAGAUAGCGGGAAUAUAACAAACAUUGUAAAGCGAAAUAUAUUAUACGUAAUAAACUUGAAAGGAAAAUCCAUUAAAAUAUAUUUUAGUUACUAAUAUGAAAGUCAAUUCAAUAGU